UCUCUCUAAAAUCGACAUGGCCGACUCCAUGGAUUCGCCUCCCAUGGCUUUGCUUCCUCCGGUCGCUGCGUCCGGCGGUGAGGGCGCGGUCGCCACCUUGUGCCCGGCGCCGGAAUCGUGCGGCCGUGCUUCGGAUUCGCUGUCCGUGGAAGUUCCGGCGACCGGCGUGAACGGGAUGGGCCCGUCCAGUUCUCCAAAGGCGCCGGAGUCGGCCCGUGUCCGGGAAGUCCUUGAGGAGAACUCUGCGGAGGAAGCCAAGAGGGGUUCUGCUUGCGUAGGUAUGGGCGAUUCGUCUUCUUUGGAUAUGAAUGGGGAUGGGGAGUUUCUUGGUGAAGGCGAAGUGUCCGCGAAUCUUUUGGAAAUUAAAAAGCAGCAGUUGUUGAGUGAUCUUGAAGGCGGGUCGAUCUUCAGACCGGUAGCCCAGUCGGAGUACGUCGCUGAGGAAUCGCCGGAUAUUGGUGUGAUGAUAGGGGGCGCUACUGAUGGAAACAAAAUUUCCGGGGAGCUGGUGCAUACUUGUGACGAGGUGGAAGGCGACGACGGAAUUGACGGUUCUCUCAGACGUUCGUUGAAGAUUCAAGUCAUCGAUGACAUUGCGUUGAUUGAACCCGUGUUGUUCGCUGGAAUUGGCAAUGGGGGUGACGUGGAGAUGGGAACGGUGGUGAGUUUUUCAAGAUGCACUGAAGGAAGUUCUAAUAAAUGUGUGAAAGAAGCUGCGGAUGGAAAGAAGACUAAACGUCCUCGGAGGAAAGGGAAAGGUGCACAGAGAGAAAAUUCAGUGCAUUUUGACGAACCUAUAGAUGCUUGUCGAACAAAGGGAGACGGAACCAAAAGAAGGUACUCGAGGGAAGAAAUGGAGGCCCUGAGGUUUGUUAAUAUUUCGGAACAACGAAAGUUUUGGAGAGAGAUUUAUAAUGGCCUAGGCCCCGUGGCAAGAGAGUAUGCAAACCUUGCAAGCUCUAAGCAUCAGGCGCAGUCUUCUUUGAGCUAUCAUUGCCAGCGUCAGUCCCUUGGGAGGGCACAGGAUCCUGGUAUUCUUGGUGAAGGGUGUAAAGAACAGGUUGGUAUUGUACUUGAGAACACAGAGGACAGUAAAACAAACUUUGUGAAUCUGGAUCCUGCUUGUGGUCAAAAUACUAGUUGUGAAGAUAUUGAUAUAAUAGAAGAAGGGGGCGAGGAAGAUAGUGAUGACAGUGAUGAAUACUUUGCUAACAUCCAAAGACCAGCCUUUUAUGUUGAGGGAGAACCCAACUUUGAUGCUGGGCCUCCAGAAGAUGGGUUAGAGUUUCUUAGGCGAGUCAGGUGGGAAGCUGCACAGAUUCCAAAUGUGAAGGUCGCCAAGCUUGAUCAGAGUAAAUUCCACAAAGAACAGAGCGCUUACAUGCCUGUAAUACCUGAGAUUGCUGAGUGUCCAGAACAUUUGAUGCCACUGAAACAAUGGGAGGACGCUUUUCUUGCGGAUUUUUCAAUGUUGAGGAGGGCUUUGUCAAGUGUUGAGGGUACCGGUGCUGAAAUUUCAGGGAAACUGCAAUGUUUGAUUGAGGUCACACAGGAGUGUUAUGUUCAGCAUCCCAAAAGUGAUGCUUCUGAAAAUUUCAACGACUGUCAAAAUGCUGGGGAGGUAGAUGAAGCAGUCAUUAGCCCUAGCCAGAAAUCUCUCGGCAGUGAAAAAAGUGAAGACCCUGUCUUGUCCACGAUACUUGGGAUGGACUCGGUGGCAAGGGUGUCCAUGCUCAGAAAACGCAUAAACUCGGUGGAAGAUGCGAGCCUUCUUUCGAGGAACGAUUGUCUGUGGCUCUUUGCUCUGUGUGCUGCCGUGGACACCCCAUUGGAUGCCAACACUUGCGCAUCUCUCCGGAGUCUGCUCCGGAAAUGUGCGAGCUUGCGAGCUCAGAAGGCUGAGCUGGACGACGAAGUUAUAAUGCUGAAUAUUCUGGCCACUAUUUGCGGCAGGUAUUUUGGGCAGUCAGAUAAUUGAAGCCUUCUGCUACUACUGUGGCCGUGCUCUAUUUUUCACUUUAAACUCUUAUAAUAUGUUUAAGCUUAUGUUUCGUAUUGACAAAAUCCGGAUUUCAGUUGAGUCUAUUACAUCUAAUUUUAAGGAAAAA